ACAAAAAAAUGCCAAGAGAAAUAAUAACACUUCAAGCUGGCCAAUGCGGCAAUCAGAUUGGAACAGAAUUUUGGAAGCGAUUGUGUUUGGAACAUGGUAUCGGAAGUGAAGGUGUUUUGGAAGAUUUUGCAGUACAAGGAGCUGGAGAUCGAAAGGAUGUUUUUUUCUAUCAGGCUGAUGAUGAACAUUAUAUUCCACGUUCAGUUAUUGUUGAUUUGGAACCUCGUGUUAUUGAGGGUAUUAAAAAGAGUCAUAGAAAUUUAUUCAAUCCAGAAAAUAUUUACAUGCCAGGUGAUGGUUCAGGUGCUGGAAACAAUUGGGCUAAUGGAUUUCAAUCAGCUGAAAAAUAUCAUGAAGAAUUAAUGGAUAUAAUAGAUAGAGAAGCAGAUAAUAGUGAUUCUAUGGAAGGUUUUGUUCUUCUUCACAGUAUUGCUGGUGGUACAGGUAGUGGUUUAGGAUCUUACUUGUUGGAGAAACUGAACGAUAGAUAUCCAAAGAAAUUAAUUCAAACCUAUUCCGUAUUUCCAUCAUAUGAGGCUGCGAGUGACGUUGUUGUUCAAUCUUACAAUUCAAUGUUGGCCCUUAAAAGAUUAAUUCUCAAUGCAGACUCUGUUGUUGUGCUGGACAAUACUGCCCUCAACCAAAUUGCUACCGAAAGACUUAAAAUUCCAAAUCCUAGUGUUGAUAAUAUCAAUAGUUUGGUUUCCACAAUUAUGGCUGCUACAACUACAACUUUGAGGUAUCCUGGAUAUAUGAAUAAUGAUUUAGUGGGUCUGAUUGCUUCUCUUGUGCCAACACCAAGAUGCCACUUUUUAAUGACAAGUUACACUCCACUCAGUGUUGUAGAUAAUCAAGCUAAAAUUCAAAAAACCAGUGUUUUGGAUGUGAUGAGAAGAUUAUUGAAUCCAAAAAAUAUUAUGGUGAGCUCGAAUAUUAAGAAAGGAUGUUAUGUCUCCAUACUCAAUAUUAUACAGGGUGAAGUUGACCCAACUCAAGUACACAAAUCACUUAGUUUAAUUCGUAAGAAAAAUUUGGCAAACUUUAUUCCAUGGGGUCCUUCUUCGAUACAAGUUGUACUCAGUAAGAGAUCUCCAUAUGUACAAACACAAAAUCGUGUCAGUGGUUUGAUGAUGGCAAAUCACACAUCAUUGGGCAGCUUAUGUCAAACAAUUCUCAAAAACUUUUUGGUACAAUAUAAGAGUAAGGCUUUCACACAAAAAUAUAUGGAAGCAUUUGAUAGUAAUGAUGAGUUUGAGGAUUCUAAAGAAGUUGUUUCAAGUCUAAUUGAAGAAUACAAACAAUCAGAGAGUGAAAAUUAUCUUUCAAUGCAACAAUAAUUUAUUUGUAAUAUACACAGAGUUUAGAAACAACAGUCACAACUAAUUCAAAAUUUUGAAUAAAAAUAUAAUUG